CCCCUGGUUUUAAUCCCUGAUAUGAAGAAGAAGAAAAAUGAGAAGAAGAAGGAGAAGGAGAACGAGAAAAGAAAGAAAGAAAUGGUAUGGUUUUUCUGUGGGAAAUGGAAUUGAGGCAAGGAGACCACGAGGAAAAGAGCAAUAAAGAUGGCCUCAACUGGGGGAAAAGGAGAAGGUACAGAGAAGGGGCACUUGGGAGAUAUUUCAAUGUUGAGGCAGUAGGAUGUGUUUGAGCAUGGGGAUUGAACCCAGGGGUACUCUACCACUGAGCUACACCCAAGCCCUUUAUAUUUUUAAUUUAAGAUGAAAUAUUGCUAAGUUGCAGAGGCUGACCUUGAAUUUACCAUUCUCCUGCCUUAACCUCCUCAGUAGCUAGGACUACAGGCAUGCACCACCAUGCCCCUGAGCCAGCAGGAUUAGGAAAUGCUAUGAUUGGUUAAAGGGGAGAUAGUGAGGAGGCAACAGAGAUUAACACUUAGGGUCAGCUCUGGAGUCAGGCCCUGCACAACUGAUUGGCAUUCCUCCUAGACAGGAGGCACUGGGAAACAUCAAGUGCAUAGUACCUAAAACACCUCCACCUUGGAAACACUUCCUCCUGGUAGCUUGGAACCUCCACCCCUUAGGAGAAGUUUACUCGUUUCCUUUUUAGAGGGCCUUCUUGCAUCAGUCCUCAUGAACUGAUAACCUGAGAAUGUUUCAAAAAAUGGAGCAACUCCAGAGACUGUCAGUAUUUAGAGCAGAAUCUUGAGAGUCUGAGGACAAGGAACAGGAGAAGGUCUUUGGGUAUGGAGUUUGGACCAAGCUCUCAAGUGAUGGGAUUUCAACAAGAAUGCACACCGCUUUGACACGUGUGUCUGUGCACAUGUAUAUAGCUGGAAGCUUCCUGGAGGAAGCAGCCUGGGUGAGGAACCAGGGUAGAAAUAGGGUGGGGCUCUCCAGGAAACGAAGAGAACUAAGCAGAACCAUUAAAACCUCAAAAUAAAACUGGGGUAGACACAGAUCACAUGUGCCAGGCUUUCCCUUAGGACUCAUCUUUCAAGCUGACAGGAGAGUUACAGGAGAGUUUGGAAUCAACAAAGGACAGGAGAGUUUGAAGUAAACAUGUUUGGAUGAAGAAAGGUGCCUAAGCUAGAAAAAUGUGUGAAAUAGAUAAGGAUAUAAGGUAAACAUGUUUUGAGGUAUUUUAGCACAAAACAAGUGUGAUAGUUUAAGAUAAGCAAGAUGUAAGCAAGAUGUGAUGCAAUAGAGACAAUCUGUUAAGAUAGGAUAAGAAAUAGAAAUUAUGAAAUAAACAUGUUUUUGGUUUGAAGUGUUGUAAACAACUAUAGUAUUUAAAGGCCAGGAAGGCUGAGCUCUUUGGCCAGUUCAGACCCGCUAUGUUGGUGGGUCAACACCGAGCGAACUGAGUCCCGCCAGCCUCUGUUCCUGUGCCUCGUGUGAUGUGGUGACCCUGGCGUGAAUAAACUGAGCAUUCGAAAAGGCAUCGAAUGCUUUCUUCAAGACACGGAUCGUCGGCCGGGAGAGGUUACCUGGGGCAGGGCCGAUCUUGACUUCAGGACCACCCAGGAGCGAUCGAGGGACCUCGCCGCAGUCUCUUACUCGUGUCACAACCUGACUGCCUCAUUCAGGCUCUUGAGAUGGUCACCUCUGCUUUGCGCAACAUGCAGCCUGAGGGCCUCGAGGGUCCCCACGUGCUCUGCCCGUGGCCUCUGCUGCGUUCGUUUUUUCUGCCCCUGCUGCUGCUGCUGCUGCCACCAAACCCUGUAACCAGCACUGAGAUCACUCCCGGUACCACCGACACCCCGACCACUCUAGACGCCCCCAACUCUGGGACCACGCCAGUCACCCCCAGCACCCCAGGCCUGCGAGAGCGCGCGCUGGCCCUAAUGCGGGACUUCCCGCUGGUGGACGGCCACAACGAUCUGCCCCUGAUCCUGAGGCAGUUUCACAAGAAUGGACUAAAGGAUGUCAACCUGCACAAUUUCAGUGAUGGCCAGACCAGCCUGGACAGGCUUAGAGAUGGCCUCGUGGGUGCUCAGUUCUGGUCAGCCUAUGUUCCAUGCCAGACCCAAGACCAGGAUGCUGUGCGUCUCACACUGGAGCAGAUUGACCUCAUUCAUCGCAUGUGUGCUUCCUAUUCUGAGUUGGAGCUUGUGACCUCUGUGAAAGCUCUGAACAGCACCAAGAAAUUGGCCUGCCUCAUUGGUGUGGAGGGUGGACACUCACUGGACAACAGCCUCUCCAUCUUGCGUACUUUCUAUGUGCUGGGAGUACGCUACCUGACGCUCACCCACACCUGCAACACACCCUGGGCAGAGAGCUCGUCUAAGGAUAUCCACUUCUUCUACAGCAAUGUCAGUGGUCUAACCAGCUUUGGUGAGAAGGUGAUAGCAGAAAUGAAUCGCUUGGGCAUGAUGGUAGACUUGUCUCAUGUCUCUGACGCUGUGGCCCGGAAGGUUCUGGAAUUGUCACGGGCACCUGUUAUAUUCUCCCACUCUGCUGCCAGGAAUGUGUGCAAGAGUGAUCGGAAUGUUCCUGAUGAUAUUCUGCAGCUUCUGAAGAAGAAUGGUGGCAUUGUGAUGGUGACCUUUUCUAUAGGCGUGCUACAGUGCAACCUGUUAGCCAACGUGUCCACUGUAGCAGAUCACUUUGACCACAUCAAGGCAGUCAUUGGAUCCAAGUUCAUUGGGAUUGGUGGAGACUAUGAUGGUGCCAGCCAAUUCCCUCAGGGGCUGGAGGAUGUGUCCACAUAUCCACUGCUGAUAGAGGAGUUGCUGAAUCGGGGCUGGAGUGACGAAGAGCUUCAAGGUGUCCUUCGAGGAAAUCUGCUACGGGUCUUUGGAGAAGUAGAACAGGUACGGGAGGAAAGCAAGUGGCAAAGCCCCCUGGAGGACAGUAUCCCAGAUGAGCAGGUGGGCAGCCCAUGCCGAUCCAUCCUCUCAAGACUGCGUCAGAAACAAUAUCUGGCUCCAGACCAGAAACCAACCAAGAUCCCCACACGUCAAACACCCAGAUUAUCACGAAAGUGGUCACUCUCAAAAUCUUCCUCCUUCAAGGUCCCAGGUCUCACAGUUGUUGCCGUCUUCCCAGUCCUCAUUCUAUGGCUCUAGUGACCCAGUCAGUCCUGCCAGAUUUUACUCUGGCAGCUUGGAUACCCCAGAGCACCCCCACUUUGGGAAGACACAAACAUUUCCUGGAAAUAAAUAUUUUGGACAUGGAA